AUGGUGAAUGGGCCAAGAGCUUAUAACAUAUUUCACUUUGCCCACUCUAUCUCCAUCACGGACCAGCCAGGUGGCUCAGUUGGGCCUGCAGCUGCUGGUUUUGCUGGCUGGUGGUUCCAGCUGCUCCUGGUCAUCGUCAACUCCUGGCAGGCCAUCUCCAAGGCCAUCUUGCCUUGCCCUUCUCCAGCUGCAGCUGCUUCCAGGAGCAGGUCUGCCUCAGUGCUGCCCUGCAGUGCCUCCUUGUCGGAGUCAGUGGUUGGUUUAGCGGCCAGGUGCCGCAGCGAGGUGGCCGGGCACGCGUCUUCUGAUGGUGACGCGUCUUGUAGGGUAUGGUGUCAGGGAAGGGACGCUGGCAGCAACCCAAUGUCAUCUGCAGAUGGAGGGAAAUUCCAGCUGAUUGCAGAUCCACUUCCAUUCAAAACGGUGGCUGAUCUGGUCCGCUCUGUCCGAGUUGCCCGGGGUCCCUCGGCUGGUAGAAGCCCCUCCUGCUUCCAGAAUUUGGUUCCCAUCUCCAUAGCAGAGUUACCGAUGGUGCUCAAAAAAAGAGAGACUUUGUCCUUAAUUGAUUUUGAAGAGAAUCAAGGGAGGAGGCUGCUAAAGUGUGAGGUCCUGAGGAAGAAGCCACCCCUGACACUGCUCCUCCCCAUGGACUGCCAGGGCCAGUUCCAGGAGUGCCAGGAUGAUGAACUCUAUUCCAUCGACACCAUUGUGGAGUGGAAACUGCUUGCGGGCAGGAAACGCAAGAUCAGGAUGGGGGCUGGGCAUUGCCUGACAACUCUUAGUCCCCUUAUCCCAGAGUACUUUAGUGGCCAUCUAGUUUUGCAUCCCUAUUUCUCAGUGAUGGCACUACUGCCAGGUGAAAACCACAUUACCAUCCCCUCUGAUCUGGACAUCCAUGUUACUGACAUUACAGGCUUAGGAAAUGACAACUGCAAAACCAUGACAAUGAGACAAAUAUAUGGUAUGGAAAGAAACAAAUUCCCUCUGAAAAUUAAAAUAAUGAGUGUGGUCAUAGCAGAGAACAAAACAAUCCCAAGCAAGCCAUUUCCUUUGAAGUGUGGGCAGCUUUUAGCCAUCUUCAGGACCGAGAAAGUAAGAAAGUUCAUUGCUACGGAGAUUUCCCAAGGAAAGAAAAGGCGGCAUUUUCUCAUCCCGUGCACCUAUCAGGGCAUGGUGCUUAGGAGAGGCCGAUAUUUUAACUUUGUUUCUGACGUCGCUGAGGCCAUGCAACAUAAACAGCUCUGUUUCCAGUCCUCCAGGGAUUACACCUCCCCAGGGAAGCCACUUGCAUCAUUUGCAGCCAAGGAAUGCUUCCUGGCUCUGAAAAAAAGUGUGGUUUCUGCUAAAAUUCAAGGUGAGCUGCACAGGGUUGAAGUUCUCAAGUGCCAAAACAUUGCCACCAAAGCCCACGUCAAACUGCCCCUGUUUGCAAAAGGAGACUUCCUGGAACUUAUUGAGGAUACUGGACCAGGGACCUUGCAGGAGCUGUGCCAAGACACAAGACUCCCAUGUCACAUCAGGGUGAUCAGCCCAGAUCCUUCUAUGGCCAGAGACCCUUUGUAUGGAACUGAAGAACUGCGAGUUGAGAACGUUGUCAUUGAACAAUGUCUCAUAGCCAGAGAUGAAACUUUGUUAGAUGACAUAUACUCAGACUGGUCAGAAGACACAUUUGCCAUCCCAGUGGAAAGGACAGACUCAGAAGUGCUGGUAGUAGAAGAGCAUUCACUGAUGAGAACUUUGGGGGAGGAUACUAGAGUGGCUUCCUGGAAUGUUGAAGAGAUCACUAAAGCAGAGUUUCUUACCUUCAGUGAUUACUUGAUUGCUCCUCGUCCACCACCAUGCCUUCCAAAGCCCAGAAAUUUGUCUUAA